AUGGCACCCAAGCGCCCCAACGAAGACGGCGACGCCGCCGACAAAUUCACAAAGAAACCCCGCCAGGGCUUCCGAGUAGGCCCCGACAACCUCCCCGACGGCGCCUGGAAGCGCAAGGUGACCAAAAUCAAAAAAGACCUCAUCACCAAAGCCAAAAUUAAAAAAAAAUACUCCAAGAUCAAAGCCGCCCACGCCUCUGAACCCACCCCCGCCCUCCCCGAGCUCCCACCCUCUCCCAUAAUCCACCCAGCAGGCGCGCCCUCCGAACCAACACCCAACUCACCCUCCCAAACUGGCCCAGCUCCCGAGCCAGACCUCCACCCCGACCGCCUCCACCUCCUCACAACCGACGAACCCCCCAAUCCCAACGCCAACGCUCCUGACUUCCCCCCUCUCCCCAAACGCAACAACGGGGACCGCUCCCGCGGCAAAAACCAAAAGCAGCGCAAACCCGACUACUACGAAAAAGAACUCGCCAAAGCGGCUGAACUCAAGGCAAAGCAGGAAGCCCGCAACGCCGAAUUUGCCCGGAGGCAAAAGGAACGCGAAGACAGGAUCAAGCAGAGAGAAAAGUGGAAAAGGCAAAUGGACAAGGCCAAGAGGCCGGACAAGAACGGCAAGAUGAGACUCGGAAGGGAGAGCAAAAUACUCCUGGAAAAGGUGGAGAGGUUGGUUGAGGGGAAAUAA